AUGUCAGAAAGAAAUAAUAAUAAUAAUUCAAAAAUAAUAAUUGAAAAUGAUGAAGAAGUUGUGUUUAUUGAAGAAAAUAAUGAUGGUAAUACAGAAAAUAAUGAUAUUGUAAAUGAUAUAAAAGAAAGAAUUAAAGAAGUUAAUUUUGACGAAUUUGACGAAACUGAAAUUGUAAAUACUGGUAAAGAAUUAAUCAAACAAUCAAAUGUAUUAUUAAGUGAAAUUAAAGAAUUGGAGAGUGGCAAAGAGCUUUUCCAACACAGCAAAGCAUUCGUAGAUACAGUAAUAAAGAAGCAAGAAGCCAAAGAACUAAUGGAAAAAGGUUUAUCAAUGCUAAAUGAAGUUAAAGAGAACAGAGAGGCCCAAGCAUUAAUUGGAGAGUGUAAAAACUUUGUCGAUCUUUUCACUAAAGAAGAACGUGUACAAAAUAUUAUUCAAGAGGGUAAAGCUUUAUUAGAAAGUAUGAAAGUCGAUGGCCAAUUCAGCCCAUCCACCUCAAACAUCAAGAGAGAAGCCAUCGAAUCAUUGUUUACUCAAGGUAGCACUAUCUUUAAAGAGUUUCAAGACAACGAGCAAAGCUCACUCUAUUUAGAAAAAAUGAAAAAACUCUUUUUCGAUCUUAAAGAAGCCGAGUCCACUAGAAUCACUUUAGAAAAAGGUAUUGCUGAAGGUAAAAAAUGGGUAGAAUCAUUAAAAGAAAAAGAUCCACAAAUUAAAAGUUUAGUCGAUGAAGGUGAACAAAUUUUCGAUCAACUUAAAUCAAAUCCAGAAGUAUCCUCUCUCUUUAAUGACAGUAAAAAAGUUUUUGAAAAUAUUUUAACAUCCGAUGAUAAAUUAGAUAAUACAACUGAUAUUAAAAAUUUAAUUGAAAGAGGUGAAAAAAUUGCAGAAAAUAUAAAGGAACAAUUAAAAUCAAAUAAAUUUGUUGGUGAAGUGACCCAAAGAGAAGAUGUUAAAACAUUUUUAGAAAAAGGUAAUAAAUUUAUCACUGAAGUUAAAUCAAAAGAGCAAUUAAUAGAUUUUUUAAAACAAAACAAAGAUUUUAUUAAAGAAAUUAAGAAUACAAUUGUUCCAUUUAUAACCGAUCAACUAUUAAAAGUUCAAAUUCCAACUGUAACAGGUAUUAAUAAGAGCUUUAAAUAUGAACUUUCAAAUCUUGUUUUCGCAGGUUUAAAUAUUCCACCAGAAGGUGUCGAUGUAGAGUUUGGUGAUAACAAUUGUAUUACUGCUUCAGUCAGUGGCUUUACUGCAAAUUUAAAGAAUUUCCUUUGGCAAUAUGACCAACAAUCAUUCCCAUAUCUUAAAGAUAAAGGUAAUGCCUCUGCAAAUGUAAAUAAAGGUUUCACAGCUCUCACCUUUGAUAUUGAUACCAACAAAGAAACCAAUAACCCAGAGAUUGUAAUUACAAACAUAGUUUUCAAAAUCGAUAAUUUAGAAGUACUAGUUGAAGAAUCUGGUAAAAUCAAAUGGCUUUAUAAUUUCUUAAUUUCAAAAUUCUCUGAAUCCAUUAAAGAAGUAGUCGAAACCAAAAUUAAAAAUACAAUGACUGGUCAUUUAACAACUCUUACCACCAAAAUCAAUCAAAUCGUUGGUCAAUAUUGGAAUAAAUUAAUUAAUAAAAUUAGAACACCUGGCUCCUCACCACCACCAAUUGAAAAUAAAAUUAAAGAAAUUGAUGAGACUCAAGAAGAGACUCAAGAAGAGACCCAAGAAGAAACCAAUGAAAACGAAGAAAAAAUAUAAUAAAAAUAAUACCAAAUAUCAAAUUUUUAAAGCUAUACAGUAAUAAUAAAU